GAUUGCCCUUUUGGGAGGCCCAUUAUAGUGCCGCGGAGAACCAGGUGCUCCACAUUCGAUCCGCACGCCUGCCGACUGCCAACGAUCCAUAUCCCCCGAUCGUGAAUAGCCGCUGUCGACACCGUUAGCGCCGAUUAUUCAGUUAGCCGCACUCGCUCGUGGAACGCACUUGGUUAGCUCGCUAAUUCCCGCUUGUUCAACGCACAACCCACCUGUUGUACACCGUCACAAAUCUAAUCGCAGUGAAAGUGGAUUUCUGAUUAGGAGCUCAGCGAUAGGCACCCCCUUUCGAUUGGAAUAUUACUUCCAUGGUUAGUCUGCCCACAAUUCUGGUCGAGAACGAGUGCGAAAAGUAGCUGGCAGCAUGGGCAUCAAGGUCAAGGAGACGACUCCCCAGCAAAUCGAGGAGCUGCGGGAAAAAUUCAACACCAAAUAUGCCUCAUCACCCCCGGCAGCACCCUUCCAUCCCACCGAUAUUGAUCGCAUUCGCAACGAUCAUCUCUGGCUACAGAGGUUCCUGGAAAUGCAUGAUCUCGAUAUGGAGGCGUCCUUCAACAAGUUAUGGGAGACCUGUGCUUGGCGCCAGUCAUAUGGGGCCAAUGAUCUCCACGAAAGCCAGUUGAACCAGGAGUACUUAAACGAAGGAUCGGUUUUUGUGCACAGCAGCGAUGUGGAUGGAAAGCCCCUGUUGAUAUUCCGCGUUAAACUGCACAGCAAGUCCAAGAAUCUGGAUGAACUGAUCCGCAUCGUAGUGUACUGGGUGGAGAGAACCCAGAGGGAGAAGCACCUGACCCAAUUGACCAUAGUCUUCGACAUGGCGGGCACGGGACUGGCCACAAUGGAUCUGGACUUUGUAAAGCGCAUUGUGGAGACCUUCAAGCAGUACUAUCCCAAUGCCCUGAACUACAUUCUAGUGUACGAGCUGGCCUGGGUGCUGAAUGCUGCUUUUAAGGUCAUCAAGGCCCUGCUGCCACCAAAAGCGGUUGAGAUUUUGAAAAUGAUAUCGAAAAAGGACAUCAACCAAUACGUAACCAAGGACAAAUGCCUGGCCAGCUGGGGUGGCGAAGAUGGCUACGAAUUUAGCUUCGUGCCGGAGGCCAGACAGGUUACAUCCAAGCCAGUGGCUGCCAAUGCCGGCGAUGAUGACCAGUUCGGGGACAAGAAGGUCACCUUUGCCAAUACCGCUCCCGUGGUUCUCAAGGAGUCCAACAUCAACGAGAUGCACACUCCUUCAGAGGGCAUGUUGAGUAUAAACCCCAAGGAGUUUAUCAACUUUAAUUCCAAGAAUGCGGAGGCCACGCUGAACCUCAAGUCGGUGGCCACCUCGGCUGUGACGUAUAAGAUCCAAACCACAUCGCCCGAGAAGUUCCGUGUGCGACCCCGGUGCGGCAUCAUCCAGCCCAACCAGGAGGCCUCCAUCAACAUAUGGCUCAAGUCGGAGCACCAGCUGAGUGGCGAGAGCAAGGACAAGUUCCUGGUGAUGGCCAUGAUGGCGCCGGGCGGCGAGUGCGGUGGCUCCGAUGUGGCCGAGCUGUGGCGUAGCAAAUCCCCCUCGGCGGUGGACGUGGAGCAGCAUCGGCUGGUCUGUCGCUUCGAUGAGAACAAGGCCAAGGCGCAACCGGAUUGCGCAGCCAAGGCCAGCAAGGCCAGUGUGGACUGCAAGAAGUCGGCUGUUGGACACGAUCCGCAAUCGGCGAUGGAGCGCCAGCUGGCCUUCACCCAGAACCUGCAAUACGUGACGCUGGCGCUGCUUUUGCUGCUCUUCGCGGGCUUCGGCUUCCUGAUGUACCAGCAGCUGGGACACCAUGGCUCCAACUGUCCCAAGGCGACGGCGUAUUCGUGUGCGAAGCGCAAAUAAUAUUUACUUUCACCGUGUAAUCUGACCAGGCAGGAGCCGAACGAUGCCGCUAGCCAAAGCAAUAAUAACGAUCACGAGCUGGAGAACUGCUCGUGUGCCUUUGAUUUGAUGGCUUUGGGUCUGGAUUGUGCCGAUGCGAUGGACCAAUUUGAGGGCGAGUGCCUCGAGGCGCUGAUCCAGACGCAUCUGCAGCUGUGCCGCAGCUGCCAAAGCAUCAACGAUCGGCAGCUGGGCGGCGUUGCGGCCGGCGGCCAUCUUCUUGGACUGAUCGCCUUCGCAAGGAAGCUGGUGCGCGUCGUCCUUUCGCUAUCGCUGCUGUGCGGCAUCCUGUUCGUGAGCUUCUACCUGGGCAGCAACUAUGGCGGAAACUCCACCACCACCACCAGCAUCACCACCUCCCUAGCCACCGUCGACUCAGGCAGAGGCAAUCGUCAGCCGUGUUACUACUCGUAGUCAAGCCAAAACCCACACCUAUAUAAGCCAGGGUGGUUCGAUUUGUUUGCCAUUUAUUCUUGUAUUUCGACCCUCGCCAGGUAUUUUAAAUUAAAUCCUUCAAAAAUGCUAUUAGUCUGGAUAUUUCUGCUUAAGAGGGUGAAAGGCAAACCUUCAGAUUAUACCCAAAUUUCUUCACAUACCCUCACUACAAAUCGAGCCACCCUAAACAUAUACAUAAGUAAUACACACAAUCUAUGCUAAGAGUAACAAUUUCGUGUUUCUUGAUAUUGUUCGAGUUUCAAGUAAAUGGUAUCCCAUGCUUACUGCCCAACCUUUUGUAGCCUUUUGUCGGUCAUCUCCCUCCCAUUCCUCCCGCCCAAGCCAAGAAUUUAUAGAACACUGUGAGUAGGAUAUAUCUUUGUAAAUUAUAUAAACAAAUAACCGAUUAUAACGGAUUCAAGUUGAUUAGUUUGUAAAUAAAUCUCGAUUAGUUUUUGCGUUCAAAUACAAAUUUACUACGGUUUCGUAUUUCGUAUUUCAAA